GAUGGUGUACUAGAGCCAUGGGCAGCGUGGUCUGAGUGUUCGCUAUCAUGCGGUGGCGGUAUAUCAGAGAGAGAAAGAUCAUGCAUUGGACCUGAAUAUAAUGGUAAAGACUGUACAGGCCCUCUUGUCGAAACUAAACCCUGCAAUGAACAAAACUGCCCAAUCGACGGAAUUUGGAAAGAAUGGAGUACUUGGGAUGAAUGUUCACUGACAUGCGGCGGUGGAACUCAAAAUAGAAGACGGGAGUGCAUUGAACCCAAGUUUGGCGGCGCUGCGUGUCCAGGCGAUGCUUUAGAAUCAAAAGAUUGUAAUAUUCAGAAUUGU